UUCCUGUUAUUCUCUAUCUUAAGACAUACAACACUGAUCCCUUUAAUGCAGGCAUGAAACGGAUUGGUUGAAGGAGGGAAGAGAUGGUUUGAACUGUAAAGAAGAAUCAGGCAACAUUGUCUUAAGCUUCGAUGGUCAGAAACUAUGAAAUUCCUUUUUGAAGAGCUAGAGAAAGACUUGCAAGCCCCCAGGCAUGUCUGAUUUUACCAACUCUAUCAGUUGGUCUCAAAAGAUAUCACCUCCUUGCUUUGCUUGGCAUGAAUGAAGUGAUUUAUGGAAACUGGAGGAAAACAUUCUUUACAGUUCCCAUUGGCACGCCAGAUGAGAAGGGGAUAAAAUAAAACUUUAUAAAUCCGAGAGUCUAGCAGUGCUUAUUUGAGCCCUCUCCUUGGUGGAAUAAAGCCUCCAUGCUUAGGCUGACAUCCUACUUUGGUGCUUUAGGGGUUAAACUCUCUUCAGAGAAUAUUAGUGGGGAAAAAGGAAACUGAAAGCUGUGCUGAAAAGCUAGUAGGUGAGACUGGGAGUUGCCUGAUCUAUUUUAUCUUUUAAAAGGGCAAGCUCUGAAUCAAGCUAUGUGAAGAUCGAGUGAGAUGUGAAAGCCUGACAGUCACACAUACAGGAAAUCUUGAAUUAUCUCUGAGCUUCCUGGAAAAUGACGUAGUGAGGUUAUCGUAGUUUUUACUUUGUGAUGAUCCCACAGUUCUUACUGAUCAGCUUUAAAAAAGUGUUCACUGCCAGCACCUCAGUCUUGGGUGGAAAUGGGCUCAAUUGGGUUUGUUGGAAAUGCCUGGCAGCGUCACCUGGCAAUGAUGAAUAACUGAGCGCAGGGAGCGGAGCCUGGGCUGUUUUCUUUAUCAUGGGGGAAAAGGUUUGCUUUGUGCAGGGAAUGUUUUUAUACAUUCCUGGCAGAGGCUGACAAACUUCAAACUCUUCUAGUACCCAAGCCAUUUAAAAAUGUCUUCUUUAAAUAGAGCAUUGUGGAAGGAGCACUGGUAUGUCUUUAGGUCAGAGUCUGUCUUUUUUCAGGGGGAGGAGAUAGCACGAAGGGAUGGAAAGCUGCUCAUCUCCUCCUAACCCCUUGCUGCUUUAAAAACGUGCUGGAAUUGGGCAGGGUUUUUAAUUCUUGCUAGCGCGAUCCUCCCUUUCUUGCUCUUAUCUGUCUGAAGUGAAAGGAAGUGUGUCUGCUGUGGACACUGGAAUAGCAAAGCCCCCGACUCGCACCCCAAACCCAUGUGAACAGCUCCAGAGUAGUCCAUGGAAGUGACACUAGGGAGCAGAGAAAAGCCAGACUUCAGCAGUAGUGCUAAAUUUCAGCGGUUUUGUUCACCCAAGAUUCCAGGCGCAGGAAUUGCUGGUAGCUGGCCAAGGAGCUUGGAUGGCAGCCUACCUGUUCCUCAGCUCUGCUCAGCCAGCUCCCCCCACCUUUCUUUUUUUAAUUGCAUAAUAUGCUAGAAAAUUAUCUGGAUUAGGGACUUAGUUUUAACCAGAAGAGACUCGCUUCCCCCGAUCUGGUUUUUGAUUUACCACCCAGCAAAUGCUUUCUGAAGCUCUUGUAGCACUGAAACUCUGACUUCUUUAACUCCCUCUUCUGCUUUCUAAGGGUCUCUUUGCUGUGAAAUGUUUGUCAGUCAUUUUUAGUGAUGUUUAACUAUGUUUUCUAUCUGCUGAACUGGUGUGUGACCAUCAAACUGUGUUAGACCUGCCUAGUGCAGUUGUUUUGCAGGCACUAAUCCGACAGGGUGGAUUGGGAAUUGUACUCACAUAAGGAAGGCAGAUUUUGUCUCCCAGAUGAUAGCUGCAUAAUGUGAGAAGGGUCAGGUCUGGGGUAAAAAUCUAUAUGGCCAUUGCAACUUCUUUCCGGAUACCUGUGGCUAAAGAGCCUCUUCCACCUUUUUUUGUGGGUUUUUUUUAGGUUUUGUUUUUGUUUUUUCUCUUUAAAGAAGGCAGAUUUCUUCAUGCCAGAAGAAUUUGUUAAACAGAGGGAAGGAUACAGGAAUGACCAGGGAGCUCCUCGUGAUCAUACUAAAAGAGUGAGCAGAUAUAUGUUGGGGAAAGGAGGAAAGCGGAAGUUUGACGAGCAUGAAGAUGGGUUGGAAGGCAAAGUGGUGUCUCCCACUGACGGUCCCUCUAAGGUGUCUUACACCUUACAGCGUCAGACUAUCUUCAACAUUUCCCUUAUGAAACUUUAUAACCACAGGCCAUUAACUGAGCCAAGCUUGCAAAAGACAGUUUUAAUUAACAACAUGUUGAGGCGAAUCCAGGAAGAACUCAAACAAGAAGGCAGCUUGAGGCCCAUGUUUGUGGCCGCCUCGCAGCCUGCCGACCCUCUCAGCGACAACUUCCGCGAGGCACAGCCGGCGUUCAGCCACCUGGCCUCGCCGCCCCUGCUCCCCGCCGACUUCGUAAGCACUAUGCCCCUGGAGUCCUGCCUCACCCCGGCCUCUUUGCUCGAGGACGACACUUUUUGCACUUCCCCGGCUGUCCAGCACGAUGGUCCGACAAAGCCACCACCUCCUGCUCUCCAACCAGUAAAGGACAGUUUCUCCUCAGCCUUGGACGAAAUCGAGGAGCUUUGUCCAGCACCUACCUCCGCAGAGGCAGUAGCAGCUGAAUCAGCAGCCGUCGACUCUAAAGCCCAGCCCAGCGAGUCCAACAUCCACAAGCCUGAGGGCCUCCCAGAGAGCAGAACGGCUGAAUCCAAACUCAUGGACCCCCUGCCUGGCAACUUUGAGAUAACAGCUUCCACAGGUUUCCUCACAGACUUGACCCUGGAUGACAUUCUGUUCGCUGACAUUGAUACGUCCAUGUAUGAUUUUGACCCCUGCACAUCUGCCACGGGGGCUGCCUCAAAAAUGGCUCCUGUCUCAGCAGAUGAGCUCCUAAAAACUCUCGCUCCGUACAGCAGUCAACCAGUAACUCCAAAUCAGCCUUUCAAAAUGGAUCUCACAGAACUGGAUCACAUCAUGGAGGUGCUUGUUGGGUCUUAAAAAUAUUAGAAAUAUAGCAACUUUUUUUUGUCUUUUUUUUCUUUUAUUUUUUUUUUUUUUUUUUUUAAUUUUAAGUACCAGUAUAUACAGUUGGUAGUAUUUCCAUAGUCCCUCCCAGCCCCGAUUCACAGCACUGUGCAUGCAUCCUUGCUUGCCUUUUUUGAAAAGAAAAGGAUCACACUAGUUUUUGCUUCGAGCAGAGUUGGAGUGCCUUCAUCCAUGUAUGACCACUUCUAAUGUAUUUUUUUUUAAAGUGGUUCCUCAAGGAAGACCGAAUAUCCUGGUAUAGGAAAGAAUACGUAUUGUAGACAAUGUUAUGUUAUUAAAAAAAAAAAAGAAAAAAAAAAGAAAAAAAGGAAAAAAGGUAAAAGCUAAGCACAAGGAUUAUGUUGGGGAAAGCUGUAAAUUGCAUGUGCAUACUUGUCUAUUUUUUCUAUAAGUUUUAUUGCAAGAGGUAAAAAAUUUUAUUAUUUAGAUAAUCUCAAUACCAUUUUAGCCCUGUAUAGGUUGACUUUAGCAAUUCAGCCUUUUGGAGGCAUUAACCUGCUCCUCUUUAAGUGUUGCAUUUACAUGGCUGUUUAGAAACUGCUGCCGAAAUUUAUUUUAUAUUUUUGUACAGAUUCUGCAGUUUAUGGUAUUGUUUUUUCUAAAAACAAAUGCUGUUUAUACACACAAAAAAUAGCUAUUUUGAUAGGAUUUGCUCACAUAGUUCCUGCAUAAUUCAGAUGUACAAGAACCACUUGUACUUUUAUACAGAGUUGUAAUGUUUUAUAUGUGUAUGGUGCAAAGAGAAAAUUGGAUCAAAUAAGCCUGCAGUCGGUUUCCCUGAAUGCAAACAAAAAAAAAAAAGUGCUUUAAGAAAGGGCUGGGAGCUGCUUCUGCCGGAGUUUCACAAGUGUUUGCUCCCUGCUGUACCCACUGCGCACUACUGUGAUUCCUGAAACUUAGAGCCAUGUCCUUUUCCAACAUGUAUGUGAAGCAGUUGGCAGGAAACAGUUGUGGAACUUCACCCCCCCGGAGGUCCCGUGGCCGGGCGCUGUCCCCAAGCCCACCUGCCUUGCCAGGCCCCCAUCCUGCCUGACGUGGAGCCUUAACCCGGCGGAGAUCGGCACCUCCUCGCCCAGAGCUACUGGGAAUGGUGUUGGGGGGAGCACCGUGCCCGGAGCCCCCCGAGAAAGAGCCAGCCUCCCGUGGCAUCUUCCUGACUGACGGGCGCGGGCAGAGAGCGGGGCUGGGAGCGUCUGCUCACCCUUUCUUGGAGCAUUUCUCCUCCCCUCUCCCACCUCACUGUGCUAAGUGCUGAAAAAGGCAGCUUCAGUAUUACUGCAGUGAAGCUCAUCUCGUACCUGCACUGGAUGGACUUGCUUUAAUAUCCAUUGCUGUCGAAACUGGAGCCAGUCGUGUGACAUCACUUGGCAUCUCGUAUAGAGUUGGGUUCUUGUAUCAACUGUGUUACCUGCUUUACACUUUAUAGACCCAUUUUACAAGGAAUAUACAGACACAGCUUUCUAUGCAUGGUCCCCUCCCCCAUAACACCUGAGAAGUCUUCUUACUGCACCAAUAGCUUUUUUUUUUUUUCCUGAGUUCGUUGUGGUGUACAUUUAAUUUAAAAAGAAAAAAAUGUUUGCAAUGUAUCAUGCCUAUUGCUGAAGUUGCUAUGGCAUUUUAGUUUUCCGAUGGUACUUUAGUUGUUGAGUGCCGGUUACAACCUAUAUUGUUGACAUGCCUAUGGCUUCUUUAGGAAUAACUUUUAUAUUUAUUUAAGAAAUUUUAAAUUAUGUUUUACGUCAUUUGGCAAUAUUCAGUCAAUUCUGCUCCCUUCUUGUCAUGGAUGAAAUUGGGUCUUGCCUGCCUUUUGAGGGGGCAGCGUUUUGUAAAUUGGCACUUUAAAACAGGCCAUAUAUAUUUAUUAGUAUAUAGAUAGAUGUAACAUAGAUAUGCACACAGACACAGGAUGAGAGCAAAUACAUUUUUGCAAUGAAGGAACUCCUAAUGGAAAGGAAAUGCAUCAUGUACAGCUGCGAAAGGCGCUUCUGGCUCCCAGUUUAUGUCCCAGGGAGAGACAGGGCUGGGGGAGGAGGGUGGCACUGGCCCAGGAGGGUGAGUUUGCUUUCUUCCUUUUCCCAAGCUGUACUCCGUGCAUCACUGGGGUGCUGAUGGAUUUGCAGUCACUACACAGACAGACUAAAGAGAAAGGAAGUUACUGCUUUAAAUGGAGAACCAUUGACCAAGUGUAGCUUUAGGGACCAGGGGAAGGGAGGGCGGGGAGACACGACAGCUCCAGCUGCCCCCAGCCCUUGUUCCGCAGCAGUCCUCGGCCCUUGCAGGAGAACCCACGGCCUUUCUGUCCCUGCACCUUGAGUACCUGGGAACACAGUCCUGCACAAACCUGGAACAGCACCAGGCUUACAUGGUAACUUGGUAGGCACUUGCAUUACCAUGGUUAAAAACUAAUUUGCAGGGUGCUGGAGCCGCCUGUUUUUUGGGAUUACUUAGUAUUUACACCUGCAUAAAUACCAGCUGCUAGGCAAAAGCUCCCAUCACUGCCCUUCUCAGAGACCUGUGUUGUUAAGGGGAGUCAGCUGAAGGUUUUCUACCCAGAGAGCAGGAGCUGAGCUCUAAAUCCAGUCUGCCAUUUGGACAGUGUCUGUGGCUCCUGGGUGCUGAAGCACGUGUCCUGGGGCAGAAUCCCUACAGGAAUCCCACAGGACAAAAACCUACUUGAUUUGUGGGACUCAGCAGAAGGUUGGGAAGGCAGGUGCAGGCCUGGGUCGGGCUGAGCUGUGGCUUUGCCUCUGCACAGUCACUGACUGUCUCUAGCUGGGCCUGUGCUGUGGUCCCAACAGCAGCCAAACAUGGAAUUUCUCUGAGAUCUACACCAGGGGUGAAGAUUGACAUUAACGUGCAAUGAAGUGACAAGAUGGGAGCAGAAUAAGAGGGCUUUGGAUUUGAAGUGAUUUUUUUUUCUUAAAUUAUUUAUUCUUUUUUUUUUCUUCUGUAAAUAUAUUUAUUUUAUUGUGAAGCUAACAACAUCUGGAUUGUAACAUGUACAGAAUGUAUGGUAGGAAUGUAUCCUCUUGUAGGAAUGUAAAUCUGUAUGAAAAAGGGUAUGGGAGCCAGAUUCAGAAAGAAUUAAUUGAGUUCCAGUCAGGAUAUGCAUGGAUCACAGGAUUAUUUUUUCCCUACACUCUUUUUCUAAUAUGGGUCUGGUUGUUUGAAAUAUGCAAAAAAAGGUAUGGAGGAGGGACAGGGUUAUGUUCAAAAUUAGUUCUAAUCAAGCUCCUACCCCCCACUGGCUGCUUGAGAGGGGCCUCCCUUGGCACGCUACUGGAAUCUGCCACUGAAAGCAGGAGCAAAUGCAGUCAUCUCUAUCAUGCUGACCUGGGAAAGGUUUAGAAAAGAUGACUUUUUCCCUUAUUUUUUAAGCAUGCAUGGGAGGCCCAGCAGAAUUCCCUGGGGCCGGACGCCCGUAGAAGGGGGCAGGAUGUUCCCUCCGGCCCCAGGAGUUGUGCCAGAGCCACGUCCUUGCCCGGAGGUGGGGCCGGGCGGGACGUCCCCGAACAGCCCAAAGCCCCGGCUCUGUGUCCGACCAGCCGGGCCCGAGGCUCCGCAGUCCCUCCGGAGCCCGGUGGGUCCCCACCGCCCUGGGGAAGUGGAGCAUCCCUCUUGGAGAGAGCGGCAUUGCAGCGCCGUCUGCCCGGGCAUCGCUCCGGCACCGCCUGCAGCCGGCUGGGAGAGCAGCUCUGCGAAGGCACCGCCAGCAGCAAUCACUGUCAGGAGAAAUUCGGACCUUGUGCAAGGUAAUUCGGAUUUUCCUCAACACCGUGUGGUAAGAGCCUGGGUUAUUUAUGACUGAUCAUUUUGAAUCCAAAGUUUACACUUUAUUUCUAUUAAAUUGAGUAUAUAGCAAUGGGUCCUGUCUGACAAAUGGUUUAAUUCAUUCUGGCACGCUUUGAACUUUUUGUUCUUGUUACAGGGUUUCUUUUGGUUUGGUUUUGUUUUUUUCCUCCCCCAAUCCCCCAAUCAGGCUUCAGUAUCCUGCUUCUGUGCAAGUUGCUUUCAAUAUUCUAUUAAUUAAUGAGACUGAACAUUUUAAAAUAAAUUAGUUAUUUUAAAGCACUUUUUUCUUUUUCUGAAAAUAAGCCUAAUGUAAGUUCUGGAACCUCUUUAAAAACACAAAUUGCAGAUAAAAUCCCAACCUCAACUCCUAUCUAGUUCUGAGCGUAUUCCAUACUAGUGCCUGCAAAGGCCAAGAUUCUGGAAAAGGUGUAAAUAGUGUGACAUGUUCAGUGCAUGGUUGUUUGAACAGGGCUUGUUAUUGUCAAAAAAAAAAAAAAAAAAAGAAAAAAAAGAAAAAAAAAAGAAAAAAGGCUGUAUUUCCCCUUCCCCUCCCACAGACCUUAGAGCUGUGCCUUUUCUAUGCAAUAUUACAGACAUCUGAAACCAGAUUACUGUAUUCACAUGUAGGUAUGGGCUGUAAUCAAAAAACAAUUGGACAAAUGUACAUGGAAAUGAGCAGUCUUACUUUUGUAGUUUUAUAUUAUACAAUAAACAAUUAAAAUAAA